AUGCGUUGGACAGUUCGGUUGGAUGGUGGCCCCCGCCGCGUAAAUCACGCCGCUGCUGCAGUUGGUGAUUACAUUUACUCGUUUGGCGGAUACUGCUGCGGCGGCGACUAUAUGUUUUGCUCCUCAAUCGACUGCUUCGUUUUGAACACUCAGAAUAUGCGAUGGUCCAUUGUACCAGUGAAGAAGGAUAAGAAUGGAGAAUUGCUAAAUCAUCCCGAUAAUCCGUUUCAUCGGUACGGCCAUACAGUUGUCACUUACAACGAUAAAAUUUAUCUAUGGGGAGGCCGCAAUGAUGUCUGCUCUUGUAAUAUUCUAUACUGUUUCGACGUGGAAACGCACACAUGGUCACGACCUGAAGUAACUGGAGACAUUCCUGGGCCGCGUGAUGGUCAUUCAGCGUGCGUUUACAAAGAUAAAAUGUAUAUUUUCGGAGGAUUCCAGGACGAUAUUGAUCAGUUUUCAUGUGACGUUCAUAGCCUAGAUUUCAAAACAAUGACUUGGUCAUAUAUUCCUACGAUUGGUACCCCACCAAGCUAUCGAGAUUUCCACUCAGCCGCUGCCAUCAACGAUCGAAUGUACAUAUUUGGCGGCCGAGGGGAUAAACACAGUCCUUAUCACAGUAUGGAAGAGAUAUAUUGUUCGGAUAUUGUUUAUUUGGAUUUAAAUACCAACACAUGGUGUAUGCCACGUACAACCGGAAAUGUUCCUGUCGGACGACGCAGUCAUUCAAUGUUUAUUUACCAAGACCUAAUCUACGUAUUUGGCGGAUAUAAUGGAAUUUUAGAAGAGCAUUUUAACGAUUUACAUACAUUUGAUCCAAAAACAAAUCGAUGGCGAGUCGUAAAACCUGAUGGGGCAGAACCAUCCACUCGGCGUCGACAAGUAUGCUUGGUGAUAGGCAAUAAGAUGUUCAUGUUUGGUGGAACUAGUCCAAAUAAGAAUGCUCUAAGCGAAGAAUUUCCCAAAUUAAUUGACAAUAAUGAUACACACGUUUUGGAUUUCGAACCGACACUGAAAACACUUGCAAUAAUGGCUGUACUAGAAAAUCGCAUCGAUUAUUCAUCCCUGCCUUACCAUAUAAGAUACGAUAUUCAAGUUAUGACCACACCCAACAUGAUAAGCAGAUCGGCCAAUCAUGCAGGUUGAAUUAUAUCCCGUACUUUCCAAGUGUGAUGAACAAUUCGGCACUUUAUAAUAAUUUCCUCAUUUUCAAAGUUUUUAUAACCCAUUGAAAUGAAAUAAUGAAAAAGGAGAAGUUUUAUUGCAGCCAACUAAGGGCCAAUUGUUGAAAUCUAGACUUGGGUUGAUUUGGGUCAUGUGUAAUAUAGCUUUGCGGAGAUUUUCCAAGUUUUAUUUUUCAAUACAGUGAUCAGAUCAAAUCGUCUUAUAUAUUUAUCAUUUCAUCGUAUUAGUUGACUUUGACUCGGUUUUACAGCAUUAUUAGCAACAAGCCUAGAACAAAAAAUUCUGACGGAAUUCAUUUCUUUCUACCUUUUUUAUUUAAAAGAAAAGAACGACAAGAAAUAAUGAAUCUUUAUAUUAUAAGCUAUUGCAAACGAAACAUGUACGCAACAUAGCAACAGAUAUUAACGAAAGUUAUAAUAUUCUUCGAGAAAAACGGUCAUCAUAACGUAUUUCUAAUGUUUUGAAGUCAUUUUCCUAUACAUAUCUAAUCAUUAGCAUCUUACAUUUGCACUAAUUCUAUUUAUUCUUUGUGAUUGUUAUUUUUUUUUUUGUAAUAUAUAUUCUACCAGUGUUUUCACGUCGAAUAAUUAUAUUUGGAACAUACUAAUCUAGCACAAACUAUUCUGAUUUUAUUAUGUUUUUUUGUUUUAGCAAAAAUGUAUUGGAAAUAAUUUACGCAUAGUCAGUGUUGUAAGAAAUUUGUAAUCUUGGAAGUCGUAGUAACGAUGGCAACGCCUCUGUUUACUAAGCAAUAAAACAAUUUAAAUAACACCGUA